CCCCCUUCCACUUUCAGUCAUUCAGAGCUUUGCUUCUCUACAGUAAACAUAUCCGAAAGUGAGUGUGCGGUGUAUUUACGAGUGAUUUUGAUUUUUCCAAAAAAAUGUCUUACGAAAUGUUACCGGUUGAAGAACCACAGCCCAUCUCCAGGACCUACCAGUACAGGAAAGUGAUGAAACCGAUGCUGGAAAGGAAGAGGAGGGCGAGAAUUAAUCGUUGCCUGGACGAGCUUAAGGAGUUGAUGGUUUCGGCUUUGCAAAGUGAAGGUGAAAACGUUUCAAAGUUGGAAAAGGCCGAUAUUUUGGAAUUGACCGUGCGUCAUCUACACAAGUUGCGUCGGCAGCAGCGGCUCGCCACAAAUCCGGUUAUCGACGCUGACCGUUUUCGUGCAGGAUUCACGCAUUGUGCGAACGAAGUGUCCAGAUGCCUAGCGUCGAUUCCAGGCGUCGACGUACAAUUGGGCACGAAACUGAUGACCCAUCUGGGACACCGACUGAACGAAAUGGACAAAGUUUCGCCGCUGGUGAUACAAGUCAGCAGUCCCUACACACCUCCCGGUUCACCUGUACCUGAAGGCGGUAUCCCUCAGACAUACGUAAUGCCUUUAACACCCGCAUCGUCAACGUCGUCCUGCCGCCAGUCGCUGUCCCCAAACCAGCCCAUGGACUGCUCGACGACGGGCCUAUUAAAAGUGGCGCACAAAGCCGAAGUCUGGAGGCCGUGGUAAAAAUUGCAAUAAUCCUCUUAAUCAAUAAGUCUUCCACAAUUUAAUUAUAUCAUGGUUAAUACUUGGUGAAAAUUUGUACAUAGUUUCAAGUCUCACUGCGUCUUUCAUUUGUUUUAAUUUACUAAAACGUUAAUUACGAUAGGUCAUUAAUUUAAUUGCUCAAUUGCUUUAAGUGGUAGGUAGAGUUUAUAACAUAAGACAAAGAGGUUGAUCUCUCAAUGUAAAAUAGGAGAAUGAAGCUUUAAUGUGUAAAUUCGUAAGAAUCGGGUAAAAACAAAUUAUUAAUGUAUAAUAAGUACCCACGUGAUAUGUUCAAAGUUUGUACCUGUGAUGUCAUAAUUUGAAAUACAAUUGUGUAAUUAAUCAAAAUUAUUGCCUUAUGAUGUUCAAAUUUGUAAAUUUGUAUUCGAGCAAUACUGUGAUACACAUAUUUGUAUUUUUAUAAUCGAGUUUCAAAAUAAAUAUGACUUGUUAUUUAAAACUUA